UCUCUCCUGGGUUAGAGGAGGGUUAGCUGAAGCUCCUCCGUUAUGAUGUGAAAUUUACAGGGUUUAAUUUCCACAAUCUGAGCAUUAUUUCCAGCGUGUAGAUCAGGUUUAUUUACAGUAUCAGUAAGAUAUCAGUGCAGUAUGAGUGUUAUUCUCAGUUCUGAGCUCCGUGUGAGGGAUAUAAAGGAGUUGGACUGAAAGCUGAGGACUUUUCUCUGAGCUGAAUGUUACUGGAGCUGAACUGAGGAGCUGCUUCACGGGUUAAAUUCUGUCUUUAAAAGCUCUGCUGUGGGUCCUGCUGCCACAGUGAACUGAAGAACCAUCUAAAAUCAGGAGUGGAUAUCCUGAAAAAGAUGGAGCUGAACUCUAACUGUGUACCCCUCUGAAGACUGAUCUCAGGAACAGAGAUGAAGAUUCUCUGGGUGAUGCUGCUAAUUUUCUCUGGCCUAAUGGAGACCCUGUCAGAGCGCUUUAAGGUAGUGGGUCCAGCUGCUCCUCUUGUUGCUGUAGCUGGUGAAGAUCUGAUUCUGCCCUGUUCUCUCCAACCCAACAUCAGUGCUGAGGGUAUGAUGGUGGAGUGGUACAGACAGCAUGAGACAGACACGCUAGUUCACCUGUAUGUAGAUCGUGAAGAGAAAAAUGAAGAACAGAUGGAGUCUUACAGAGGAAGAACAGCUCUGUUUAAAGAAGAACUGAAGAAAGGAAACGCCUCACUGAAACUCUCAGCUCUCCAACCUUCUGACGAUGGAGAUUACACGUGUUUUAUUCGGGAUGUGGAUUCCUAUGCUGAUGUAACGCUUUAUGUUGAAGUUAAAGGAAAAGGUUUUCAUGGUUGGAAGAUUGUCAUCAUCUGCAUUACAGUUUUUGCUGUUAUUUUAGCUGCCUUCACUGCGUACAUCUUAAAAGAUAAAUACUCUGAAAAGCAGCUCUCUCCUACACAGUGCUCAGUUAUAACCUACAUGCGUCUCCACACCGAGAAUCCCUGCAAAGAGCUGGACCUGAGAAAAUUCAGCACAUCAGAGGAAGGAUACAGGAGACUCAUCCCAGCUGUAUCAAACUGCAGGAAGGCUCAAUUAGCUGGCUGUAAUCUCACUGAGCAGUCUAUUGAAACCUUAAGUACAGCUCUACAGUCAGAAAACUCCACCCUGAAAGAGCUGGACCUCAGUAACAACAACCUGCAGGGAUCAAGGAUGGAGAAACUCUCUGCUGCAUUAAAGAGUUCAAACUGUAAACUGGAGAUACUCAGAUUAUCUGCCUGUAAACUCAGUAAAGACUCAUGUGAGGAUCUGCAGUCAGUUUUACAAUCACAAAACUCCUCACUAAAAGAGCUGGACCUCACUAACAACAACCUAGAGGACUCAGGAAUGAAGAAACUCUCUGCUGGACUGAAGAGUUCACAUUGUAAACUGGAGAUACUCAGACUUGCUACGUGUAAACUCAGUAAACAGUCCAUUGAGACACUUCAGUUAGUUUUACAAUCAGAAAACAACUCCCUGAAAGUGCUGGACCUCAGUAAUAAUGACCUGCAGGAUUCCAUAGAGAAAGUCUUUGCUGGACUCAAGAGUUCACACUGUAAACUGGAAACUUUCAGACUAGCUUUGUGUAAUCUUGGGGAACAGUCCUGUGAGAGUCUGGGAUCAGUUUUUAAUCUGGAAACCUCCUCCCUGAAAGUGCUGGAUCUCAGUAAUAAUGACCUGCAGGAUUCAGGAGUGGAGAAACUCUGUUCUGAACUGAAGAGUUCACACUGUAAACUGGAGAUACUCAGGUUAUCUGGUUGUAUGAUCACAGAGAAAGGAUGUUCAUCUUUGGCUUCAUCUUUGAGUUCAAACCUGAAAGAACUGGAUCUGACCUACAAUAACCCAGGAGAGUCUGGAGUGAAAGAGCUCUCUAAUAAACUAAAGGAUCCACACUGCAAACUCAGCACACUCAGAGUGGAGCAUGGAGGGAAUGUCAGAAUGAAAACAGGACUACAGAAAUAUGGCUGUGAUCUCACACUGGAUCCAAACACAGCGCACAGAUCUCUCUCUAUGAGUGAAGAGAACAGGAGGGUGGAGGACGGAGGAGAGAGGCAGUCGUAUCCUGAUCAUCCAGAGAGAUUUGAUUGUUGGGUUCAGGUUCUGAGUAGAGAGAGAGUUACUGGACGCUGUUACUGGGAGGCUGAGUGGAGCGGAAGAGAAGGAGCUGAUGUAGCUCUGAGUUAUAAAAACAUCAGCAGGAAAGGAGGAGGUUUAGACUCUCAGUUUGGAGGGAAUGAAAAGUCCUGGAGACUGGAGAUCGAUAACAACAGUUACUCUGUUCUUCACAAUAAUAACAGAACUGAUCUCCCUCCUCCUCCCUCUCCCUCUAACAGAGUAGGAGUGUAUGUGGACUGUCCUGCCGGCACUCUGUCCUUCUACAGUAUCUCCUCUCAUACAUCCACACCCUCCUCACACACACCCUCACACACACCCUCACCCCCGCAUACACCCUCACACACACCCCCACACACACCCUCACACACACCCACACACUCACACUCACCCUCACACACCCAAACACUCACACAUUUACACACAUUCUACACCACAUUCACUGAACCGCUCUAUGCUGGGUUUUAUGUUUACAUGGGCUCCUCAGUGUGUCUGUGUAAAAUAGAAUAGUGUGUGUGUAUGUGUGAGCAAGUGACUGUGUGUUUGAGAGAGAUGUAUGUGUCUGGUGCUCCUGUUUCUCCCACACUCAGCUCUGACGGAGGUUCUCAGUCUAUCAACUACACUACCCAGAGCGCACCACCCGCUGACAUCACACUCACACCCGAUCACAUGACGCAUCACAUGCUUCCUCCCGGAAGUCCUGAGUAGUAAUCACUGGCACUAUAUAAGAGCUUCUCACGCGUUACUGUUCUCUGUCUCUGUAUUUUUCGUGUAUGACCUUGUUCUUUGUUUUUUCAACGCCGAUUUUUGCCUACUCCCUUCUGUUUGGAUUUACAGUGUUUAACCUGAACUGUUUAUCGUUUAUGGUAUGGUUUUGUCUAUGUGGCUACUGUAUUCCAGUAAUUUACUGUUUCUGUUUUUGACUACUCAUUCAUACUCAUUCAUUCCUUUAAUAAAUACUCAAAUCUGUAUCUGCGAG